AUGACCGAAAUUGCGAGCCUAAGACAACGGUUGAAUUCUUUAUUCACGAAGCUGAAACGAAAUGAGGUUUUCAUAGCGAACUUCCAGCCUGAACAACACAAGCAUCUCGUGCCUGUCAGGCUCCAAACGAUUGAAGGUAUGGAAAAGGAGUUUGAAACGGCUCAUACGCAAUUGUGUUUGUUAGCGCCCAGUGAAGCUGAGAAGCUAGAAGAAGAGGAGUUGAUGGAUAAUUUUGAGGAAAGGUUCAUAGCUAUGAAAAGCGCCAUGCUAUCGCACAUGCCUACUCAAACAGCUCAAGCCGUUAGCUCUGAGCUUGGCUCAAGCCACGCUCAAAACCCAAGCCACUCUCCCAUUCAAAACCACGUUAAAUUACCAGCCAUCUCUUUGCCCGAAUUUAACGGUGAUAUAAUGCACUGGAUGGCAUUUCAUGAUACCUUUGAAGCAUUAGUUCAUAACAAUGCAAGCGUUUUGGAUAUUCAAAAAUUCCAUUAUUUGAGAGCUUCAUUAACUGGUGAGGCCGCUAGAUUGAUAGAGUCGAUCCCAUUGUGCGCAUCGAAUUACUCCAUCGCAUGGCAGGAGCUCAAGGAGCGAUUCUCAAAUGAAUACCUUCUGCAAAAGAUGCACUUUAAGCAAAUGUUCGGCAUCCCACAAUUACGAAAAGAAUCGUCAGCUGACUUGCAUAGAUUGGUAGAUGAAUUUAAUCGGCAUGUAAAAAUGAUUCAAAAGCUAGGAGAGCCAACCGACCAAUGGAGCUCAAUGUUAGAAUAUGUUUUGUGCUCCAAACUACCAGCGGAAACUCUUACACAUUGGGAAGACAAGGCAGCUAGCAUGAAAAAGCCAACAUAUGAGGCGUUAAUAGAAUUUCUGCAGAGAAGAAUGAAAACAUUAGACUCUGUUUAUAUGAGUAAAUCUGCGGAUGUAAGCUCUACAUCGGUGCCUGCCGUAAGGCCUUCUUCGCAUCUUUCGUACUAUUCGUACACCGCAAAUAAUACCAAACGAUGUCCUUGCUGUCGACUAGAUCACUUAUUAUGGUACUGUAACCAAUUUAUGCGACUUCCGCAAUCUGAGCGCCUUCAGAUAGUGCGAGCGAAGGGUCUCUGCAUUAAUUGUUUAAGAGUCGACCACAGCAUGAAAGAUUGUCCUUCGACCAAUCGGUGCAAACAUUGCAACCAGCAACAUCAUUCUUUAUUGCACUCUUUUGAUUUUGUACGCCGGCAGCACACCCACGACCGAACACUACAUACUAGCCCUCAGGUAGCUCCUAGCGCUUCAUUUAACAGCACAGCAGCAUUGGAAAACGAAAACCGAGCAGCGGACCAACGAGAGAUUGGACAUUGACGUUAAAGGUGCUGGUUGUGCUACGACGAGGGUGCGGGAGUCCGUGUAUGCUGAAAUUCGAUCUCGCACCAGCCAAUU